AUGUAUCGGUCCAAGAAAUCAGGUGGACUGGCUGCAUCCUCCGCGACAGCGCCGGAAAACUCCGUUGGUGCGGUCCAGGAAGAGAUUAUGCCGAACAACUCCCGCGAUUUUAAGAUUGCGACAGGUGUGAUGGCCUUCAAGGCGCGACUGAUGGCACCUUUCAUGCUGUACGAUCGCUCGAUUCGGCAGGUGGUGCCAAACCCCGCACACGACCGUGUUUAUCGUUCUGAGGUGACUCGUGUGCAGGGCGUUGUGCUUCGCGAACUUCGGAACGCGCUGGAGCGAGAAACUAGCACCACCCCUAAAGAAAUGCUCUAUGGAAUUCAAAAAAGUAUCAUGCUUGCCUAUGCCUCUUGUGCCGUGUCUAGCGAUGUGGAGGCACUUGUGCCAGUGACCUCGGAUGAGGAGGCGAUGGACGUUAUGCCACGACUAGAGAGCUUUUUUGGAGAAAGAAUUGCCUCUUCUAAGGCUGUGGCAUCGCUUGCGGCUGUCCUCUCCACCGGUAUUGUGCGUGAUAGCUACAAGGAGGCGUGCAAUCGUCUGGAGGCAAGGCUUGCAGUGGAGGAGCAGCCCCAAGCGAAGAAAAAACGCACAACGGAAGGACAGUUCGCUCUGGAGGCGACAAAAAAGAACACACAAGAUCUUUUUCAAAUAAGAGCUUCGUUGUUGACGGCGUUUGAAACCAUCAGCACACCUUUUAAUGAAAAUGGCACCACACCAUUGCCAAACAGCGCCACGGCGGAUGCGACGACGGCGGUCCUUACGGUAGAGUCGUAUUACAGUCUUCUACGUUGGGUGCUUAUGAUGCAGCCGGAACGCCUUGAGCUAAAUGUGGCCCACUCUACAAUGGCACUUUACCAGGAGCCUCAAGCCGCAAAGAAGCUUUUUGCCAAAGUGACUUGCUAUGAUCCUACCACCGGUAAGGUUGUGAUUGAGCGCACGACGGCCGAUUCCAAGUGGGGUAUGGUGUUAAAUGCAUCCGGCGCUCUGGUUGGCUUGGAAAAUGCACUUCGAAACGCGACACCUGCAGGGGGUGCGUUGUACCACGCUCUUCAUCAAAGAAAGGCAGGCCUGUCUAUUUUUGACAUCAACAACGUUCACAUUGGCGGUGCUGAGGGAGAGGAAUUGGAAGAGGGAGAACACGAAGUGUUGGUUGACGCCAAAACCAAAGCCGCUCGCGUAGAGAAGAUAAAAAAGGUACUUCAGGGGUCGGAUUGUGUUAUUUCAUUACGUGUGGAAAAAGUGACGACAAUGGGUGAACCAAAGGAAGUUGCAUUUGACGCCAUACAACAGGGAGGGGAAGAAGCCUCGGGGCAACAGGCGGUUCUCAUUCUAAAACGACCAUCCAUUGAAGUGCAGUGGAAGCUUAAGAUGCGUGUGCAUACCGAGGGUGUUAUAGUUUUGGAGGACUGUUCCGAUUCUCUGCCGGUUUCUGAGGCAGCCAGAAAUUUCCUUUCCUCCCACCGUGGGCAUUUGCUCCUUGUGCAGGUUAAUGGGUGCGACGCAACACAUGGUGCCCUUCUCAUGGACCUGUUUCGCAGUUCCUUGUACUUGGUGCUGCGACUCCAGGUUGUGGACAACGUCGAGCAGCUCGUGGCGGAUGCAAUUUCCAAAAAACAGGGCGAGGCGAUUGAGACUGUGCAAGGUGCGACAGUUUUUCAUGAAGAGCGGGAGACGAAUGAGGAUGAGGAGGCUGAAGUGGCCCAACACCGAGCACUGUUGGAGCAGCACAACAUUCAUCCCGACGAGCCCCUACCGGAGGUAAAUGAAUUCGAAGACGCAUCAUUGCCAAAGAAAAAGGGACGCCCAAAGAAGCUGAACGAGGCAGAGGAUGCGGUGGCCGAAAUGACAUUAAUGGAGGAACAGGAGGAGAUGUCAGCAGCCGUCACGGAGGCGGAGGAGGCGCCACUGCCCAAGAAGAAGGGACGCCCAAAGAAGCUGAACGAGGCAGAGGAUGCGGUGGCCGAAAUGACAUUAAUGGAGGAACAGGAGGAGAUGUCAGCAGCCGUCACGGAGGCGGAGGAGGCGCCACUGCCCAAGAAGAAGGGACGCCCAAAGAAGCUGAACGAGGCAGAGGAUGCGGUGGCCGAAAUGACAUUAAUGGAGGAACAGGAGGAGAUGUCAGCAGCCGUCACGGAGGCGGAAGAGGCGCCACUGCCCAAGAAGAAGGGACGCCCAAAGAAGCUGAACGAGGCAGAGGAUGCGGUGGCCGAAAUGACAUUAAUGGAGGAGCAGGAGGAGAUGUCAGCAGCCGUCACGGAGGCGGAGGAGGCGCCACUGCCCAAGAAGAAGGGACGCCCAAAGAAGCUGAACGAGGCAGAGGAUGCGGUGGCCGAAAUGACAUUAAUGGAGGAACAGGAGGAGAUGUCAGCAGCCGUCACGGAGGCGGAGGAGGCGCCACUGCCCAAGAAGAAGGGACGCCCAAAGAAGCUGAACGAGGCAGAGGAUGCGGUGGCCGAAAUGACAUUAAUGGAGGAACAGGAGAUGUCAGCAGCCGUCACGGAGGCGGAAGAGGCGCCACUGCCCAAGAAGAAGGGACGCCCAAAGAAGCUGAACGAGGCAGAGGAUGCGGUGGCCGAAAUGACAUUAAUGGAGGAACAGGAGGAGAUGUCAGCAGCCGUCACGGAGGCGGAAGAGGCGCCACUGCCCAAGAAGAAGGAAAAAGGUCAGGGUGAGGGGAAGCUUGGCGGGAGUGUGUCGCGUAAAAGAAAAAAGCUAUCGAAAAGGAUCCUGAAAGAAAUGAAGAAGAGAGCGAGGGAGGAAAAAAAGAAGAAACUUCGAGAGAUGAAAAAACGAAGGUUAAUUAAGGAAAAAGAUGCGAUGAAGGCGGCAACUGUCAACAAAUCUUCUCCCCUUGAGGAGGUCGCAAAGGAACAAGGGGUGCUGGAUACGCCGGUUGUGAAUAUUAAGUCUCACUCAGAGUUAGCGGCUGAGGAGGGGAAGAAAAAAAAGUCUACGAAACCGGUAUCAUCGCCACCAACGAAACCGUCACCACCAUCCGCGGCAGUCGAGGAAGUCCGCACAGUCACCAGCUAUGCCCCAACGGUGUCCGCGGUUGAGCUUAAGAACGCUCCUCCUCUUACGUUUGAAAAUGCGGUGACAUUGGACCGGUUUGACGGCUCUUACAUGGAACUUCGUCGUCCAGAUUUGAAGACACCGUGGAACAUGAAGGUUUCUUUUGGCGGGGAUAAGCUGGUGUUAACAAGUCUUCCACCAAUUUCAGCCGCUCUGAAAACACAUCCGUUUUUGAAGUCGUUGCGACCCGACACGAAUGGUCAAAUUAAUUGGCUCGUGGACAAUGUCAACGGGACGGAUCUCACGACAGCGAACAAGUCUUUGCGGGCAAAGGCACUGGAUCUCAUGAAAAAGACGAAUAAAAUCUCACUUCUUCUUCGACCACUUUCAAAGUAA